AUGGCCCCAGGAUUUGAACUUAUGGGAUGGCUGAAACAGGCAGGGGCGCACGCGGUCCCGUCAGCGGACGUAGGCGCGCAGCCCGCCCAGGCAGUGGCUCCAGCAGCCCCCCACAGUCAGGCGGCAGCCGCACUUGCAGCCGCGCUCUCAUCUGGGGGGUUGCCUGAGAAGAAACACCCUCAGCCUCACGGUACCCCCAUAUCUCCUCUCCAUGAAGUUGUGGAGGUCGACCGAAUUAAACCUGAGUCUGCGUCUGCGCUCGUGGUGUCCAAGAUUGCCAAUUAUCCCUCGGAGAUUUGCCGCCGCCAUGGCAAUUCCGUGGCCGUGGACGCGAACUACAUUUGCUAUGGGCUCAAGGGUGGGCAGAUUCGCAUCCUCAAUCGACACACCGGCGCUCGAACGCUGCUGAAGGACCAUGCCGCGCCUGUCACCGAUCUGCGCUUCUUCCGACAUGACUCCGAGCGCUGUUUGCUUGCAUCUGUAGAUACGACGGGUCAG